AUGCAUUUGAAAUUGCAACCAUCCUUCUCGAAAAAUUAUAAUGAUCACUUGUCCACGCACCCUAGAAAGAGCAAUGACAAUUCUUCCCAUGCUUCAUAUCCACUCCACAUCAUUGACGGUACAGGAGGACUUGGAGGAAACACCAUUGGAUUUCUGAGAGCUCUUUGGAAAUUAUAUCCUUCUCAAGUUUUAAAUCAAACCCGAAUGACUAUGAUAGAAUUAGAUGCUAAACGCUACGAAUGUGGAAAACAUAAUGUUGAACUCUUUGUCAACGAUUUCAAUGAAAAGAAUCGAGCUGUCUCUUCACAGUAG